AUGUCCGACUCCAAGAAGGGAGGCGCAUACGGCGGCGCGCCAUCGGGCGACACCGACUUUCGAAAGACUUGGGAUCUUGACGAAUACGCCGCGAAAGCCAAAGAACGCGAGGCUAAGGAGAAGGAGGAGGCCAAGGCCCGUUAUGAAGCCAAGCUUGCGGGCAAGAAAUACUACAAACCCCUGACGGGCGACGAGACAUACACAUCAGCGAGAAGAAAUGUUAUCGACCUCACUCAACAAGUUGGAAAGACACAGCUUGUUCCAGCGGGAGCAGGUGUCGGGAAGCGCGGUCGUGGAGCUGGUUUCUACUGUGAGGCUUGCGACCUCACGUUCAAGGACAACAAACAAUUCGUGGAGCAUCUCAACACACCGCAGCAUUUGCUCAACACGGGUCAGACGACAGAGGUGAAGCGCGCAACGGCUGAGGAGGUACACCAGCGCAUAGAAUACUACAUUCGACGGCGAGAGGAGCUGGAAAAGGAGAAGCAGACGAGCCUACACGAGCGACUGCAGCUACGGGAAGAGGAGGCUGAAAAGGAGGCCGAGGAGCGACGCAAGAAGAGAAAGGAAGAGAAUGAGAGGAAGAAGGCAAAACGGGAAGAGGAGUCCAAGGUCAAGAUGGAAUACGGAGACGACAUCCGAAUCGAGGGCGAGCAUGAUGAGGACGACAUGAUGGCACAGAUGGGAUUUACCGGGUUUGGAACGUCAAAGAAGUGA